CUUCAACCUCCUAGCUUUGACCUGAACUCACCCCGGCAAUUUCACCAGCACAGCGCCAGCAGGGUCGAGCGGGUCUCCAUUGUUGGUUAGGUACCUACCUACCAACCUGCUAAAACAACCUCAAGGAGCCAGAGGGGAACGUUGACCAACUUCCUUUACAAGGGCGCGCAAUCUCUCAGCUGCUGCUGCCGCCGCCCCAGCCCACUUUGUUUGCGUGGUUACUACUGCACCACCCACCCACCUACGGCCACCUCCACCCACCACCACCAGUCUCCAACUCCUACCUACCCUCCUACCUUACAGCCCAGUCACCACGACAAACCGCUACCUCUACCUAGCAACCUCACACACGAAAAAAGGGACAAUAUCACGCGAAACGUCACGGCGACUUUGUCUUCCAUUGCGUCCCAGUAUACCCCAUCUGCCGAGAUAGGAUAUCUCUCACGGCGACGGCCAGCCCUUAGACGCCCAGCGCCGUCUUUGAUUCAGUGACAAAGGUCAACCUGGAGCAUCAGCUACCACUCACCAAUUCCCGUCCACCUUCACCCCCUUGCGGUCCAAAAGGAGAACACGGGAGGCGACUCUUUCUGCCUUGCCCUGCAACCCAGCUCACCCUCCACCUGCCCAAUUUCGAGCUGCUGCUUGACCCGCGCCGCGCCCGAGAGAUUACAACGUCAUUGCAUUCAACACCAUCACCGCCCGCUACAUCGACGACAUCCUGAUCACCUUCUUAUCGCCCACAACCGCCCGAACCUAACCCCGCAAUAGCCUCUCCAACAGCCUCCAGCAAGCCCAAUUACCCACCAACAUGGAUACGAAUAUGGAGGAUGUCGGGCGCGUUCCCGCCGAGCUUACCUCGUCCAACUUCGAGCCAACCACCAUCCCGACACUGGACGGCUGGAUUGAGAGCUUGAUGAACUGCAAGCAGUUGGCCGAGUCUGACGUCCAGAGAUUGUGCGAGAAGGCACGCGAAGUCCUCCAAGACGAAUCCAACGUUCAGCCGGUGAAAUGUCCCGUUACCGUUUGCGGAGAUAUCCACGGUCAGUUCCAUGACUUGAUGGAGCUCUUCAAGAUCGGAGGUUCGUGCCCGGACACCAACUAUCUAUUCAUGGGAGAUUAUGUCGACCGUGGAUACUACUCAGUUGAGACCGUCACUCUGCUCGUCGCUCUCAAGAUCCGAUACCCCAACCGCAUCACCAUUUUGCGCGGCAACCACGAGUCGCGCCAGAUCACACAAGUAUACGGCUUCUACGACGAAUGCCUGCGCAAGUAUGGUAACGCCAACGUUUGGAAGUACUUUACCGAUCUUUUCGACUACCUUCCUCUCACCGCCCUAAUUGACAACCAAAUCUUCUGCUUGCACGGCGGUCUUUCCCCUAGCAUCGACACGCUCGACAACAUCAGAGCGCUCGACAGAAUCCAGGAGGUCCCCCACGAGGGCCCCAUGUGCGACCUGCUGUGGUCGGAUCCCGAUGACCGUUGCGGAUGGGGAAUCUCGCCCCGUGGUGCAGGCUAUACCUUUGGCCAGGAUAUCUCAGAAGCUUUCAACCACAACAACGGUCUGACACUGAUUGCCAGAGCGCAUCAGCUUGUGAUGGAGGGCUACAACUGGUCCCAGGACAGGAAUGUUGUCACCAUAUUCUCGGCGCCCAACUACUGCUACAGGUGCGGUAACCAAGCCGCCAUCAUGGAAAUUGACGAACACCUGAAAUACACAUUCCUGCAAUUCGACCCUUGCCCGAGGGCUGGCGAACCUAUGGUUUCGAGACGAACUCCCGAUUACUUCCUUUAAUGAUUAAGCUUGCCUUCGCCUCAUUGUGUUAUGCCCUGAGCAGAAAGAUUAAGGGACAUAGAAGAGCGAAAAGUCUUAAUGAUACAUUUCUUCGCGCAACCAUAUAAAAACUCCGCGCUAUGUGGAGCCGGGACACGAUUACCAUAGCACUUGUUCGUAUAGUGAGCGUUGUGUUUCGCGAGACAUGAUUAGACAAGUAAUGUAUCGAACAUCGGGGAUCGACAACAAAGCCCAGUCUCUCUUCGAUUUCGAGUCACGUCUCACUCUUUGCUCAGCCAGUUAGUUUACCUUUGGUGUACCCUUCAUGAUAGACUGGGAAAUGCAGGUGUAAAGACAGGAAGGGAAACAUGACUUUGAUUAUGCCAGUUCAUGUAGAAUUCGGAUAACUAUUUUGUCUAGAUCAUUGGAUUCGGGGCGUCAUUGCUUUCCCGCUUGGAACGUCUGUUUUUUCCACCUUACAUUUACACUAUCUGGCAUAGGUGUUCCUUACCAGGUGGGCUUCCCGAAGGGAAAGUGGAUAUGUUGGAUUUCAUCGACGAGCUCGGUGAGCUGAACAGGUGAGACGGCUCAUAUCCAUGGCGAGUAGGCAUGAGUAGAGGCGCAGAACAUGAUAACUCGUCACCAUGAUCGCUAUCGGAGCAAUUUGGCGCUCUGCAUAUGCGGGUGCAUAUUCUGGCUUCCUUCAAA